AAGUGUUAGAAAGAAUCGCAUCAAUCAACACUAAGUUAACAUUCUACAAAACAAGAAGAAUCUUAUAGUAUAAGAUGGUGGUGCCAAUUGUAGGAGAGCAUGAGACUGAAAUUCUCCAUGCUCAAACUCACAUAUGGAACCACAUUUUCAGUUUCAUAAAUUCCAUGUCCCUCAAAUCAGCAAUUCAAUUAAACAUCCCAGACAUCAUCCACAAACAUGGCAAACCUAUGACCCUUGAUGAAUUAGCCAAUGCACUUUCCAUCAACAAAUCCAAAAUCACUCACCUCCGCCGUCUCAUGCGUAUUUUAAUCCACUCCGGAUUUUUUCUCAAGUCAAAGAUCCCAGAAGAGGAAUCAGGAGGCGAGGGCUACGUCCUCGCCCCUCCUGCUCGUCUUUUACUAAAAGACGAGCCAUUGACCGUUACACCGUUUUUACUAGCCAUGUUGGAUCCAAUUUUGGUCAAGCCUUGGCACCAUGUGAGUGAGUGGUUUGAGAAUGAUGAACCAACACCAUUUGAAUUAGCUCAUGGUAGGACAUUUUGGGACUAUGCUGGACAUGAACCUAGGCUAAAUCAUUUUUUUAAUGAUGCAAUGGCUAGUGAUGCUAAGUUGGUGAUGAGUGUUGUAAUAAAAUACUCUAAGGAUGUGUUUGAAGGAUUGAAUUCUAUUGUUGAUGUUGGUGGCGGCACUGGGACUGUGGCUAAAACAAUUGCUAAAACUUUCCCAAAUUUGCAAUGCACUGUGUUUGAUUUGCCUCAUGUGGUUGAAGGCCUUGAAGGGAGUAACAACUUGUCUUAUGUUGGUGGGGAUUUCUUUGUGUCCAUUCCCCCUGCUGAUGCUCUUCUACUCAAGUGGAUAUUACACGAUUGGAGUGAUGAAGAAAGUGUGAAAAUAUUGAAGAAAUGCAAGGAAGCAAUACCAAGCAGGGAAAAGGGUGGAAAAGUGAUAAUUAUUGACAUGAUGGUUGAUAAUAAAAUAGGAGAUGAUGAAUCAAUUGAAACUCAAAUUUUCUUUGAUAUGUUGAUGAUGGUUUUAGUUACUGGAAGAGAGAGAACUGAAACAGGCUGGGCAAAAAUCUUCUUGGAGGCUGGUUUUAGUGACUACAAAGUUACUCCAAUUCUUGGAUUAAGGUCUCUAAUUGAGGUUUACCCUUAAUUAAUUCGAGUUAAAAGAAAAAAUGAAUAAUUGAUCCUCAGUGUGCAUUUAUUUUAUGAAAUGUAGUACUUAAUUAUCAUGGUAUGUUAUGUAUGAUAUAAGUAAUGAGAACUAUGUCUUGCUUGAUGUACUUUUUAUUUUAAUUUGGUGUAAUGGAACUAUGGAAGUUGCAUUGUUA